ACCACAGACGAGUACAAAUCAGGCUGCUUACCUUGUGACAUGGGAAGGAUGGAGAGGACGACCUUGGUGCUGUGGCUGCUGCUUUUGGGGACACUGAUGCCACAGGGCUGUUGUCAACACUGGUCGUACGGCCUGAGCCCAGGAGGGAAGAGGGAACUGGACAGCCUGUCAGACACACUGGCCAGUAUAGUUGGGGCUUUUCCGCAAACGGACAUACCCUGCAGCGUCUUGGGCUGUGCUGAAGAAUCGCCUUUUGCCAAGCUCCACAGACUGAAGGGAUUACUUGUAAGUGUUGCUCCUUUGUGA